GUACUGAAACUACAUUUGUAUUCAAUGUAUGAAAGAAGGCAAUACAGAGUUCCUGUCUAAAGAUUUGUAAUGCUGGCUCAAGCAUUUCAAGGGGCAGAAAAAAGGUGAGCAAAGAAAAAUCCAUAUACAAAGCUAGUACAUCCACUAACCCCAAUAGCCCAGGUAUUCCUCAGUAGGUUAUGAUUUGGAUUAUUGGUCCCCCCCCCCCUUGGGAAUCAGUGCUGAUUGAGGAGGGAGCCAAGUAAUCUCCAGCACUUGUUUUCUGCCUCCUCCUUAAACAAAAGAUUUCUACCAAGCAAAGCUUUGGUGGGGCUGGACAUCUGUCGCUCUUUAGGCACUGUGUAUGUGUGUGAUCUGGCCAUUGAUAAGUAGUGACCUGUCAGCCUUGAUUGAUGGCCACAAGCCUCUGGUCUCAACCCCUCCUGUGGGAAAAGGAGACCAGCUAAGCAAUUUCCUCAUUCACAUGCUAAUACCCAGCUAUAAAUGCAAGCAGAGCGCAGCACUCAUGACAGAGAAAGCUCCAGAAGGCAAGGGGAGAAGCCAGCUGCUAUAGGGCUUUCUCCCUUUUCUCCCCUAAGCCUUAAGGUGGACGUGCAGGACUACAAUGACAGCUACAACCCUAGCCAGCAGUGGGCAGAAACUUUCCAACACCAAAGAGGAAAGGAAGUUAAGAAAACCUUUGAUUGAAAGGAAACGAAGAGAGAGGAUUAACAAUUGUUUGGACCAGCUCAAAGAAACAGUUGUUGGAGCCUUUCGGCUUGAUCAAUCUAAACUUGAAAAGGCAGAUAUCUUGGAAAUGACAGUAAAACAUCUCCAGAAUAUCCAACACAACAGAAAUAUAGCAGAUUCUAAAAUGGGUCUUGAAGCUCAGCAGAGGUACAGCACUGGAUAUAUUCAGUGCAUGCAUGAAGUCCACAACCUCCUCCUGACCUGUGACUGGAUGGACAAGACACUUGGAGCACGAUUACUGAACCAUCUGCUAAAAUCCUUGCCCAAAUCCAGUGAGGAGACUUGCAAGGCAGACCUGAAGUCUUCCACUUCAGCGAACGGCAAGGGAAAUACAACAGGGUCCAGCCAAUCUCAGGAUCAGUUCUAUCCAGCCGAAGUCAAACUGGGAUUGAAAAAGUCAUUUCAGCCACAACCACCAUCACGAUGUAGUCAGCAUGAGUUGCCACCUCCCAGGGAGACCUUGCAACCUCAUUUUGCACAUAAUAGUGUUAACAUGGGGUCAUUGGAUAUGUGGAGACCAUGGUAAAAAUGUCUUCAGGAAAAAAAUUCUUUCUAAUCUUAGACCCUCUUUUAUAUGUAUCUUAUAGAUAUGUCUCUUUAAAACACUUUUUGGAGCAAGUCUGCUCCUGUAGGUGUACUAAAGACCAGGGUACUUCAAGCCGGAGGAAAUCUCUAUGUAGCCUGCAUUGUAGAAGGCUGCUAUUAUAUUGUAUUUAUUGAAUACAUCUAAAUUAUUUUAUAGAAUCUUCUCUGGGGCUGUUUAGU